GGCAAUAAACUCAAGAAGAUGAAGCCUAAUAAAGGAAAGACCUGCACUAAGGAGAGAGACUAUGUGUACAAAUUCAAUGCUGGAAAUCAACAUUUGGUGCUUACUGUGCCUCUCAAAUUCCCUGUGCAAGAGAAUAUUAGUCAUUUGCAUGGACGUCUAAUGCUUCUGCACAAUCUGCCGUGCUUUGUAGAAAAUGACCUGAAGCAGUCUCUUAAUAAGUUCAUAGAAGAGGAAACUAUAAAAGAUUAUGAUAGAGAAGCUGAAAUGGCUCUGGAAGCAGUGAAAUCAGGAAAAGUAGACAUAAACCAGUUGGCAGAUACUUGGGCUAAAGCUUAUAAAGAGACAACAUUAGAAUAUGCAAAACCUGAAGAAACCAGCUGGGAUGAAGAUUUUGCAGAUGUUUAUCAUGAUCUGAUACAUUCUCCGGCUUCUGAAAUGCUGCUAAACCUGGAACACAAUUAUUUUGUUAGCAUCUCGGAAUUAAUAAGUGAAAGAGAUGUGGAACUGAAAAAACUACGGGAAAGACAAGGAGCAGAAAUGGAUAAGGUGAUGCAAGAGCUAGGGAAAUCACUAACGGACCAAGAUGUAAAUUCAUUAGCAGCUCAGCAUUUUGAGUCUCAGCAGGAUUUGGAGAACAAAUGGACCAAUGAAUUAAAACAGUCUACUGCUAUCCAGAAGCAGGAAUAUCAGGAAUGGGUGAUAAAGCUUCAUCAGGACCUAAAGAACCCAAACAACAGCUUAAUCAGUGAUGAAAUUAAGGUUCAGCCCAGUCAGCUGAGAGAAUCUGUAGAAGGAAAUGGAAGAAUUUAUGAAGAGCAAAGGCUGUUAGAAGAAAGUUUUACUAUUCACUUGGGAGCUCAGUUGAAGACCAUGCAUAACUUGAGAUUACUGAGAGCUGAUAUGCUGGAUUUCUGUAAACAUAAGCGCAAUCAUCGAAGUGGAGUAAAACUUCACAGACUUCAAACUGCAAUGUCCCUCUAUUCAACUUCUCUCUGUGGCCUGGUUUUAUUGGUAGAUAACCGUAUCAGUUCAUAUAGCGGCAUCAAAAGAGAUUUUGCAACUGUUUGCCAAGAAUGCACAGAUUUCCAUUUUCCUGGAAUUCAAGAACAGCUUGAAAUUGUCCAGAAGGUUGUACUUAAGGCCAGAGCACAGCGUAGCAGUAAGUCGAAAAGACAUCAUGAAAACAGAAGUAGUGGAAAUGAAGAUAAAUUAAAGAAUAUUGAACGAAACCAGUCAAAUAUUUUGCCGGGAGAAUUCUACAUCACACGCCAUUCAAAUCUUUCUGAAAUUCAUGUUGCUUUUCACCUCUGUGUGGAUGAUAAUGUAAGGUCUGGUAACAUUACUGCUCGGGAUCCUGCAAUCAUGGGACUCAGAAACAUUCUCAAAGUUUGCUGCACACACGACAUUACUACCAUUAGUAUUCCUCUCCUGUUGGUGCACGAUAUGUCAGAAGAAAUGACCAUUCCAUGGUGCUUGAAGAGGUCAGAGCUUGUGUUCAAGUGCAUCAAAGGUUUCAUGAUGGAAAUGGCCUCAUGGGAUGGAGGAAUUUCUCGGACUGUACAAUUCUUGGUACCCCAGACAAUUUCUGAGGAAAUGUUUUACCAACUGAGUAAUAUGCUUCCACAAAUCUUCAGAGUAUCCUCUACAUUGACUCUGACCUCUAAGCACUGAAUUUUAUGCAGCAGUAAGAUGCAUCCUGUUGGGAAAGGACGAGAUUAGAGAUUCUGGACUGGAAUGUCUCUUUUCUGAGGGAUAAUGACCCUGAAUUGGUAUUUGUUCUGUUUUCAAGAAU